ACCCAACCCUUUCUCUCUGCUUCACCCUCUCGCUCUCUGCAACUCUCUCUUCAAUACUUUCACAAAACCUAAUUCUCUCUCUAUAUUCAUAUAUAAAUCCCUCGCUUGGAAAUUUGCAUUGGUAGCCUUCAAUUUUCAUUUCCCCUUGUCUAAAUCUCUGUCCUAUUGUGUGUUUUUCUUCCUUGAAGUUUGUGAUAUAUCCAUUGUUCUGAUGGCUGAAAGAAAACUGGAUCUCUCGGAGAGUCUCUUUUCAUCGAAGCAGUCUGAUCAAUCAUGGAAUCCGAAAGAUUUUGUAGGAAAUGAGGUGGAAAAGGGGCUGAUGGGAUUGCAUGAUGAAUCGAAAGAUCAAGGAGCAUGUGAGAACAAUAUUCCUUUGUCUCCACAAUGGCUUUAUGCUAGGCCAACUGAGACUAAAAUGGAAACACGUGGACCAAGUUCACUUUCUCUUAGUAGUAAUGAUUUGAAUCAGAAGGAAGGUUGGCGCUCUGAUGCACCCGAGGACAAAAAGGAUUUGAGAAAAACUGCACUGGAAGCUGAUAGUGGUCGCCGCUGGCGAGAAGAAGAAAGGGAAACUGGAUUGCUUGGCCGAAAAGAUCGUAGGAAGAUUGAUCGACGUGUUGAUACCUCGGGCAGAGAAACAGUUGAAAAUAGAGUGUUGCCUGCUCCUGAAAGGUGGCUUGAUGCCAGCAAUCGUAACUCUUCCCAUGAAACAAGGCGUGAUAGCAAGUGGUCUUCUAGGUGGGGUCCUGAUGACAAAGAAAAGGAAACUCGGAUUGAAAAAAGGGUAGAUGUGGAGAAGGAAGAUGCUCAUUAUGAAAGUCAAUCACUCAUGUCAAGUAGCCGUUCUGUUUCUGAACGUGAUGGAGAUUCUCGAGACAAGUGGAGGCCACGCCACAGGAUGGAGGGAAAUUCUGGUGGUUCUGGUUAUCAUCGUGCUGCGCCUGGAUUUGGACCUGAAAGGGCACGAUUUGAGGGUUCAAAUGUGGGGUUUACUGUAGGACGUGGCAGAUCUACUGCAUCCAUUGUAAAGCCUCCAUCUGAGGGACCAAUUGGUGCUGCUCAAUAUGUUAAGGGCGGAAGUGUUCCUGGAAAAGCAAGUCUCUCUGUUGGAAAGUUCUUUUAUCCUCGGGGGAAACUUCUUGACAUAUAUCGUACCCAGAAGCUUGACCCAUCUUUUACCAACAUGCCUGACAAUUUGGAGGAACUACCCCAACUAACUCAAGUAACUGCUGUCGAACCAUUAGCUUUUGUUGCUCCCCAGGCUGAGGAGGAGGCCAUCUUGAACGACAUAUUGGAAGGUAAAAUAAGUGGCAGUGGGUUAUCAUACAAUUUAGUUAGGAAGGGUGGAUUGUCAGAUAAUGAUACAGAAGAAAAUGUGGAUUCCGUUGGUGCAAAACAGGUCCUCCCUGCAGAUAUCACAGAAGAGAUACUAGAUGACUUCUCAAAAGCUACACAGGGUAAUAUUCACGAAGCUAGUGUGGAUCAUAUCUUUUACAACAACUUAAUUAAAUCAGAGAAAACUGUUAAUGAUUAUGGAAAACAAGAAGUUUCGGAGUCAAGUGGAACAGAUUUGAAUAUCAGUGGCUUACAGGCUUCUAUUGGUCGUCAGUCCGAUGGUUCGCAGCUCAAAGUUGCAGAUUCUGCUGUUACCAGACCUCUGUUUGACGGACGUUCAUCUGUUACACUGUUGGAAGUCAAUAAUAAACUUCCUGAUGAUUCAAAUUCCCUAUUUGGUACUCCAACUUCUGAGCGGUAUUGGGAUGGCAAUCUCCAUAAAUUUGGCAGAACUGAAAAUCAGUUAGAAAGGAGAAUCCUUCCUGAGGAAUUAAGUCUGUACUAUCGUGAUCCACAAGGAGAUAUCCAGGGACCUUUCCUUGGAGUGGACAUUAUUUCAUGGUUUGAACAAGGGUUUUUUGGGACUGAUUUGCCCGUUCGCUUGGAAGAUGCUCCUGAUGAUGGAUCCUUCCAGGAAUUGGGUGACGUUAUGCCACAUUUGAAAUUUAAACAUGGAUGUGAUACUAUUACCGAUUUUUAUUCUGAUAUAGAAAAAUCUGUUUCAUUGGUGGAUAAAUUAGAGCUUGGUAAGUCAGAAGUACCUGAGCAUCAUGGUCGUCCAUCACUGAGGUUGUAUUCCUCAGGAAAUGUUCAUGACUUUGCUACCCAAGAUGAAGAUAUUGUGUUUCCAGGCAGACCUGGAAGUGGUGGCAAUCCUGUUGGGAAAUUUUCUAGGGGGUUUGGCGAAACUUCUGCCAAUUUUGGUAACCAGUCGACUCUUCCUACCGAACUGAAAGACCCUGGAGUCUCAUCUCAGAAGGAUAGUAAGUUGCAUCCUCUUGGGUUGUUGUGGUCUGAGCUUGAAAGUACUUAUGCUAAGAAUAGUCAGAUGCCAAAUACUUUAGCUAAUGCACAUGUUGAGGAUCAACAUUUAAACCAUGUGUCCGGAAGAUUUGCCCCCUCCAGUUCAAUGGCCAAUUCAACUCAUGUGUCUGGAAGAUUUGACUCCUCAAGUUCAAUGGCCAAUUCAACUCAUGCCACAGAGACGUGGUCAGAUGUUUAUGGUAGAAAUACUCUUUCCGAUCCCAAACUCUUUCCAGAUGUCAUGGAGGCUCGCCAGUGCAUGGACCAAGACUAUAGCCACUUUGAUUUGGAGGACAAGCUAUCGUCCCUACAACUGCAACAGCAGCAUCGUCAUCAACAUAGUUUAAUGCCUCUUAAUAAUACGCAACUGAAUGAUGCAAUGCUAGAACGAGUGCCAAGUCAGAGUAUGAUGCACCACCAACAGUUGGCCAAUCAAACAGUACAAGAUCUGGAGCACUUUUUGGCCCUUCGGUCGCAGCAGCAGAGGCAAUUGCAGCUUCAACAACAGCAACAACAGUUCCACCAACAGCAAAUGUUCUUGAAAGAGCAGCAAGAGUCCCAGGCCAGACAGGUGCUUUUUGAACAACUGCUGCAGAAUCAAAUUCGGGAAUCUGGCCAAGGGCAGUCUCGUGUUGAUGCUCUUAGAUCAGACAGUGCUCUUGAACAAGCAAUAUUGAAGCAGCACGUUCUUAAUGACCUGCAACAGCGUUCACAUUUUCCACCAAGGCGUGCUGACUCAUCCCUGCAGCAAUUAAUACAAGCAAAAUUUGGGCAAAUGUCCCAUCAAGGGCAACCUAAUGACUUGUUGGAGCUGUUAUCUAGAGGAAAUCAUGGGCAACAUCCCUUGGAUCAGCAGAUUCUUCAGCUAGAACAGGGAAGAUCUUUGCCGUUGGGUCUCAGGCAGCGUUUGGAAAUGGAAGAAGACAGGCAAGCUAGUCAUGGGUGGCCUCUUGAUGAAGCCAAUCAGUUCCUUAGAAAUCCUGCAACUGCUCAUCGAGCUGGCUCCUCUGGAUUCGGUCCAUUAGAUCUUUAUCAGCAACAAAGAGGGGCUGCUGAGGACCAAUUCAGCCAUCUUGAACUAAAUGGUUUAUUACAAGAGAGAAUCCAACGAGGAAUUUAUGACCAUGGCAUGCUGCCGUUUGAGCGCUCAAUGUCACUACCUGAUGGCUCUACUAGUGUAAACCUGGAUUCUAUGAAUUCUAUGGCCCGAGCUCAUGGUUUAGAAAUUCAGGAGCAGACUACACGACUGCAUCCAGGUGGUCCAGGCAGUAGAUUCUCAUCAGGGAUCUACUCUCAGCAUUCAUACCAACCUUCAAUUCCCGAUCAAUUUCAUCCACACUUGGACACCACUGAGGGUCACUGGUCUGAGAAUCAUAGUCAGUUAUCCAGUGACUGGGUUGAAUCAAGAAUUCAGCAACUACAUAAUGAUAAUGAGAGGCAUAAGAGGGAAGCGGAUGUCAAAUGGACAAUGGAAGAUCCGAGUUUAUGGAUGUCAUCUGGACUAAAUGAUGACAGUUCAAAACAGCUGUUCAUGGAAUUACUGCAUCAGAAAUCGGGCCAACAGACCAAUGAGGUAUCCCAAGGGAGAAGGCCUUCAGGGACAGGUGGAUUACUUCAGGAUCUACUAGCUGAUGGAAUGACCAAUGCUCUGGAACAAGUUGGAUUGCCUUUAAGCUCAAAGUCUGGAGAAAAUUUCAGUUCUGGAAUUGGUGAAAGCUCUCAGGGACCAGAUUCAGUAUCGCAAGCAGGCAUAGUUGAGCGGGCUGGCCUUGUAGAUAGUGGGGAAGUACCUGUUAGCGUAUUCGAUCAGCAUGCUUCAUUUCGCUCUACUGGGUUUAAUUCAACCGAUUCUUUUUCGGAGGAGGCUGCUAAGGAUAGUUUGCAAUCCACCACAUCAAAAAUGCCGGAAAACAUCUUGCUGAGACGUCCACCUGUUUCACGGGCUGCAUCUUCUCAGGGAGCGGUGUCUGAAUUGACUGCUGAUUCAGUCAUCAGAGGAAAACACAUUCCAAAUGCGGUGCCUUCUGACGUGAUGAGGGGAGAAACGGGAGGGGAUCCAGGAAAUGUUGACCGUCCAUCAUCUGGCAAUAAGUCCAUGGAGUUUCAACGGGCUGAUGCUGAUGCUGAUGUCCUUGAGACGUCGUUCAGUGACAUGCUUAAAAGCAAUGCUAAGAAACCGACUCCUCAAGAAAGUAAUGCACCAGCAGCAGCUGGAGCUUCAGAGUCAUCAGAAGUAAUGGGGGCAAAAAACAGCAAGAAGAAGGGGAAGAAAGGUAGACAAAUUGAUCCUGCUCUUCUAGGAUUCAAAGUCACAAGCAACAGGAUCCUGAUGGGUGAGAUACAGCGGAUAGAAGAUUAAUCUCUCCUGUCACCGUAAUUUGUUGUAGAGGUUUGAGUUUGUAUAGUUUUUUUAGCAAAGUUAAUUCUUUUGUUAAAGUUUUCCUAUCGCCCAGUUGUAUUUCAUUGGUGAGGAUGUAAAGGCGGUUCUCGGCUUGUUUAGUUUUUAGAGGUAAAUUUGACUUAGGAUUGCUCAAAUAUUUUGUACAGAUUUUUUACGCACAUCAAAUCAACAAAGAAUAAUGGUACUAUGCCAAAUCAGUAAAUUUUGCUUAA